UUUGACAUUCAACACAAUGCCACAGACGGGCUCAAGUUGUGAGAGAGUGUGCAAUUGGCAUGCUGACUGCAGGAGUGCCCACUAUAACUUUUGCCAGAUAAUUGAAUGUUAAUUAUUCUAUCAUAAACCGCCUCCAACACGUUUCAGUACAUCCAACCUGCCUCAACCUCAGAUCACGUAUAUGGCCGAGCAGAUUGCUGAUGGCAGCCUUGGGGUUAUGGUAUGGGCUGGCAUAAACGACGAACAACAAUCAAGAGUGCAUUUUAUCAAUGGCAAUUUGAAUACACAAAAAUACCGUGACGAAAUCCUGAGGCCCAUUCUUGUAAGCUAUGGCAGGACCCAGGCCAGUGGUGCUGAGUGGCCCGUCAGGGGCUGGGAAGAGCACGCUGCUCAAGAACCUGCUCAAGGAGUACGAGGGCGUGUUUGGCUUCAGCGUCUCGCAUACAACAAGGAGCCCUCGUCCUGGUGAAGAGAAUGGCAAAGAUUACCAUUAUGUUACAAGGGAGUAUAUGCAGGCCAGCAUCGACAAAGGGGAGUUCAUUGAGAGCGCGGUGUUUUCGGGGAACAUGUACGGGACGAGCAAGGCCUCGGUGCAGGCCGUUAAAGACAAGAACCUGAUCUGCAUCCUGGACAUCGACAUGCAGGGCGUUAGGGCUGUCAAGACGACAGACCUCAACCCCAUCUACAUCUCGAUCCAGCCUCCGUCCAUGAACAUACUGGAGAAACGUUUAAGGGACAGAAAUACUGAGUCAGAGGAGAGCCUCCAGAAACGUUUAGAUGCUGCUCAGGUGGACAUGGAAAUAAGCAAGGAACAUGGCAUAUUUGACAUUGUCGUUGUCAAUGAUAAUCUUGACGAUGCCUAUGGGAAGUUGAAAGACGCCCUUAUUGAGGAAAUCAAAAAAGUUCAGAAAAACAACUUUUCUUAAGCGACGAGAAACCUGACAGCCAUCCUUGCCACUCCUUACAAAAUGGCAGCCCUCCUAUUCCAAUCCUGAACAUUCCGUCAGAUACCGGUGUUGGAAGGAACUACAGACGACCUGCCUCGCCCCAAACCACAGAUGGUAGCCUUCUGAGUGCGCAGGAAUAUCUUUUUACAUAUUUGGGAGAUAGAAGUGAACUAUUUUGCUGUAUUUAUUUAUUUGCCUGGUGGUCAGCUUAAAAGUUGUUGUAUUUUGAUCCACAAAGAAAAAUACUCCAUGAAUGGUUAACCUGGGACUACCUUGUUUUAUUUUACUAUGAAGGAGUACUGCACACAGGAGUUUCUGCCGCCAAGUCAUUCUUCUGUGCAUCUGCCAGUAUUAUAGCCCCUAAGCAUUCGAUUUGUAUUCACUCUGGCCAUAAUAACAAGACUCAUUCCACCUAGUGCUCAGCAAGAGUGGAUCCUUGUAUGGUAUGUUCGCAAAUGUCCUGGCUUGCCCCGAAAUCUAGCCCCGUCGGUACAGCUUCGGAACAUUGCUGUUCUGUUCCUGUCUAGCAGAACUGACCUGAAAAUGUGCUUGUACGGAAAUGCGUUGGUUGUCAUUAGCCACAACACGGUUCCACAGCUAUAGCCAGAAAGGUAAAGAGUAGGGAGAGGCCCAGGCCUUUCAUUCUUUUUAAGAGGGAUUGUUGACUAACAGUAUUGUCAACAUAGAGCAGCUAACAACCUAUCACAAUGCCAGGGGCUUGGGCACUAGCUAACUCUGGCCUGCAUCAUCAUACAGGGAAGCACCAUCCAUUCAUAUACAUUCAUAGCCGAUCUCAGGAACUGACUGUAGCCUAGCUGCUGUUUGCUAGGGAUCCCAGUCAACUUGUGUGUGUGUGAGGCAAUCUGUUUGAAGUUUCCCUGUAGGUUUUACCAUACUAUUGAAAUUAUAGAAUUACUUAAUUUACCAAUAAAACAACUGAUUGCCAAUUAGGAUUUACAAUCAUGUUAAUCACUAAAACAGCUAUACAGGAAGCUGCACUUUCUGAGACAACGACUUACCCCGAAUAUAUUUUUUUCACUGUUGUACAGGCGUGAAACCUUAUAUAUGUUUUGUGUUAUGUUACAAAUCUCACCUGUAGUAUAAUAUGCAGUGGGUUCUUUUGGACAGAAAACAAUUUGAAUGAGCAUAAAAGAUCAAUGGCAUAUUUAAAUAACUGGAGCAAGUAGUGUCAGUCCUUAAAGGAGAAUAAAGAAAAGCUUAGAACUAAGCACACGGAACAUCGGCUUCACUUGAAACUGGCUACAUUGAAUUCCACAGACCAGUCUUAAAAAAGGCUACAUUGUUUCAGCAGCUUUUGAUGGCUUUUAAGUUUGUAGUUUGACAUGCGUUGUUUCACAAGGCAACUUCCAUUCACAACCCAAAUUGAGUGCAUUAGUAACUUUGAUUUGACAUAGGCUACUGUGGCCCAUGACUAAUGCUCCACUGCUUCUUGUCCUUUUGUGUUUGAUCUCCCUUUGAACAUGAAAUUCAUUACUUUGCACAAAUGACUUAAUGAAACAUGUUUGACUAACCAACGUUUCGAUGAUUGAAGGUUUGAUUCAGACUAAAGCUGAAGCUUUAUAUUCAUUGAUAGAAUUUACGUUAAUUUCCGAUUGAGCCGACAUGCAGCGUUUACAGUGAAUGCAGUCUCCACUAAAGCGGAAACAUUGCCUUUAAUUUGAAUUCACUCUAAAGCUGAACUUCCACGAUGCAGAUUGAAGCCCUGCUUUGCAUGUAUACUUGUUUUCAUUGGCCAGAUAUUGACAAGUCACCCAGCCUUCAAGUCCUUGUUUUACAAAUAUGUAUGUGUUUUACAACUGUAGUAAAGUCAAAUAAUGAAACUA